AUGGUGCGCAAGGGGUACCGGGACCCGCCCUACCACAACUGGCUGCACGCCUUCUCCGUCACACACUUUGCCUUCCUCCUGCUGUAUAACCUCCGCUUGAUGGAGAUCAACGCCCUCACGCACCUGGAGGGCCUGGCGCUUAUCGUGUCCUCCAUGUGCCAUGACCUCGACCACCGCGGCACAACUAACUCCUUCCAGAUCCAAUCGACGGACCUGGCGCACCACCUCCGCCUGGUCUCCGAGCUGCGCGAGGUGGCGGACACCGGCUACGACGGACGCAACCCGAGGCACCACGAGCUUCUGAUCUGCCUUCUCAUGACCGCAGCCGAUCUCUCGGACCAGACCAAGGACUGGCAGUCUUCCAAGCACGUGGCGGAGCUCAUCUACAAGGAGUUCUUCACCCAAGGCGACCUGGAGAAGGCCAUGGGAAACAUGCCCCUCGAGAUGAUGGACCGCGAGAAGGCCUUCAUCCCCGAGCUCCAGCUGCAGUUCCUCGACGACGUGGCCAUCCCCGUCUACGAGCUCUUGGCCAAGAUGUUCCCCGGGGCGUCCGACCCGUACCACAACAUCCAGGCGAGCAGAAAGAACUGGGCGAAGCUGCGAGACGUCUACAAGCGCAGGAAGCCGGAGUCUACGAGCUCCUUGGAUAUAUUCGAGGACGACUCACUCGAGGAGGACCUUGCCAAGGAGUUGUGAGGAGGAGCUGCUGCAGUGGCUGUCGCUGACGCUGUUUGUUCCUGCUCCAAGUGAAAGGAAAAGGGGUCUUGCUUUUCCUCGGGACCGACGGCCAGGAGAGGGGCGAAUUGCUGCUGUUUUGGAGGAACGACGAACAGAGCUA